AUGACCACACCAUCGCAACGUGUCAUCUCCCGCGAGACUACAGCGGAGGAGUUGAACUCCGACUACAAAUGGGGAUUUACCAUCGACAUCGAAGAGGACGCCUUCCCGAAGGGCCUCAGCGAAGAUGUGGUGCGGAUGAUUUCGGAGAAGAAGCAGGAACCGGAGUGGAUGCUCGAUUGGCGUCUCAAAGCGUUCCGGUUCUGGUCACGCCAGACCUACACCGAACCGACGUGGGCAAACAUAAAACAUCCGGCUAUCGACUUCCAGGACAUCCAUUAUUAUGCGGCGCCGAAGUCUUCCAGCGAUGGGCCGCAGAGCCUGGAAGAUGUGGAUCCCGAAGUGCUGGAGGCGUUCAGCAAGCUGGGCAUACCUCUGGAAGAGCAGGCGCGCCUGGCCGGAGUUGCCGUCGAUGCGGUGCUGGACAGCGUGUCGGUGGCCACGACGUAUCAGGAGCAGUUGGAGCAAGCUGGCGUUAUCUUCUGCUCGAUGAGCGAGGCGGUCCGCAAACACCCUGACCUGGUGCAAAAAUACCUGGGUUCGGUGGUUCCCUACGCUGAUAACUUCUAUGCCACGCUGAACUCGGCGGUGUUCUCCGACGGUUCGUUCGCGUACAUUCCUCCCGGGGUGCGUUGCCCCAUCGAGUUGAUGACCUACUUCCGGAUCAACCAGGCUGACAGCGGCCAGUUCGAAAGGACGCUCAUUGUUGCCGACGAAGGGGCAUACGUCAGUUACCUGGAGGGUUGCACGGCGCCGAUGCGCAAGACCAACCAAUUGCACGCUGCGGUGGUUGAGCUGGUUGCAUUGAAGGGUGCGGAGAUCAAGUACAGCACCCUGCAAAACUGGUAUCCGGGCGAUAAGAACGGCGAAGGCGGCGUGUUCAAUUUUGUCACCAAGCGUGGCAAAUGCGCCGGCGACGAUUCGAAGAUUUCAUGGACUCAGGUUGAAACCGGAUCUGCGAUUACGUGGAAGUAUCCCAGCGUGAUCCUGCAGGGUGAUAACUCGGUGGGCGAGUUUUAUUCGGUUGCGCUGGUGAACAACUGGCAACAGGCCGACACCGGCACGAAAAUGAUCCACCUGGGCAAAAACACUCGCAGCACAAUCGUUGCCAAAGGCAUCUCCGCCGGGCAGGGUCAGCAGACCUACCGGGGCCUGGUCAAAAUCAACGCGUCGGCCAACGGCGCCAAGAACUUCACGCAGUGCGACUCCCUGCUGGUGGGCGACAAGUGCGGCGCCCAUACGGUGCCGUACAUCGAAGUGAAGAACCCGACGGCGCAAAUGGAGCACGAGGCCACCACGUCCAAAGUGUCAGAUGACCAGCUUUUCUACCUGCAGCAGCGGGGGAUCGGGGUUGAGGACGCGCACUUCAUGAUCAUUAACGGAUUCUGUCGGGGGAUUUUCCAGGAGUUGCCGUUCGAGUUUGCGAUGGAGGCAUCGCAGCUGCUGAAAGUAAGCUUGGAAGGAACCGUUGGGUAA